CUUCCCGUGGCCGCCCAUGCCGUAUACGCGAUGGCUGCUGCCGCUGAUAGUGGCAGGAGCUGGCGCCUUUAACCUCUCGCCAGCUCCACUUGGAGGAGUAGCACGGAAGAGCCCCGUCUCGCCCGCCUCCUCUUUCAUCACUCCGCCUCCCCUUGCUGCCCGCAGCUCUCGCAGGGCGGCACGCAUGGGGCAAGGGAGGACUGGCAACGACUUCCUGGCAACGACGAUGAGCUCAGCUGUUACGCCGGAGAAUCCUCUGAAAGUUGUCAUUGCGGGCGGUGGGGUUGGGGGACUUUUCCUCGCAAAAGCACUUCAGAAGAAGGGAUGCAAGGUUCUGAUCCUCGAGAAGACUGGGAAGUUUGCCAGAUUCGGAGGCCCGAUCCAGCUUGCUAGUAACGCUCUUGCCACCAUCAAGGGCAUCGACGAGACGCUGUUUACUGAAGUGAUGGAGAAGUUCACCUUUACGGGGACGCGGACUAACGGGAUCAAGGACGGAAUCAGGACGCAGUGGUACACCAAGUUCGAUGCGAUCACCAAGAUGGCCGAGUACUUCAAUCUGCCUUACACCGGCGUUGUAGACCGCCCGGAUCUGCAAGAGAUUCUGUUGAAGUCGGUUGGAGAAGAUGAGACGGUCAGGAGGAGCUCUCCCGUGUCGCGCUUCGAGCAGCUCGGGGACGGCAAGGGCGUGAAGGUCUACCUGGAGGACGGGACGUGCGAAGAGGCCGAUGUGCUAGUGGGGGCAGACGGUAUCUGGUCCACCAUCAGGGCCCAGCUCUGGAACCAGGACGCCAAGGGCCCCAAGUCAGGGACGACGUACUCGGGGUAUACCUGCUUUGCUGGAGACACCAUCCAGCGACCGGACUACUACUUCGACGUCGGGUACCAGGUGUACAUCGGGCCAGGGAAGUAUUUUGUCACCUCAGAUGUCGGGAGGGGGAGGACGCAGUGGUACGCUUUCCUCGCCCUGCCCGAAGGGACCAAGAGCCGAGCCUCGAACCUCGAGUACUUGCAGGAGCUGUUCUCCAAGGGGAAGGAGGGAAGGUGGUCGGAGGAGGUCUUCAAGGUGCUGGACGCGACUCCUGAGGAGAACAUCGAGCAGAGGGAUCUCUUCGACAGGCCCCCGAGCGUCACCAAGAGCUGGUCAAAAGGACACGUCACCAUGAUCGGAGACGCCGUUCAUCCCAUGAUGCCCAACCUGGGGCAGGGAGGCUGCCAGGCGAUCGAGGACGCGUACGUGCUGAGCGAGAUCCUCGGGACUGUGGAGAAGAGGGAGGACAUCCCCGGAGCUCUGCGUUCCUUCUACUUCAAGCGCCUGCCUCGCACCUCUGUCAUCCAAGGCCUUUCCAGGAUCGCUUCCGACCUUAUCGUCUCCGCCUUCGACACUCCUUUCCAGCCGGCGUGGGUUGACAACCGGUACGGCCCGCUCGGUGGUCCACUGGGCAUCAACAACAUCUUCACGAGGAUCUUUCAGCCGUUCAUGGGCCUCAUCUUCUAUGCUCAGUUCGGCUACGUCUACACUUUUCACCCCAAGAAGUGCACUGACGAGGAGAUCAAGAACCUUGUUGACACGGUCAUGGCCCGUCACAAGAAGGAGGCCGAGGCGACGUGGAAGCGGGUCGGAAUGAUGUCGCAGGCAGAGAUCGAUGCUAUGGAGGGGAGGGAAGGAGCUGGUCUUGGUUUCAGGUGAAGCUGCUGGGACGAUAGAUGUACAACUAGGUUUUCAAUACACAUAAGAUGAGGAGGG